ACUCCAAACAAAGUGAAAACGGACAGGAUUGUGAAGAGGCUGCACUCGAGAAAGUGUGAGAUAUUUAGGGUUAAGAGUUUACCUGCAGUUCCUGACCAGGUAAAAUGAGCUCACCUUUGUCGAUGCUGAAGAAAACGAGGCGCACUCCACUGCAGAGCCCUCAGAAUGAGCAAUGGGGAGGACAAAAAGUGCCUUUCAGGAGGAAUCUCAUAAAGGAAUUUCAGACAGCUUUGGCUGAUGACGAUGAAUCCUCUGAUGUCAAACCUUCCUUGACCUCUCACACGGGAGCCAAUGAUGCCUCCAAUUCAAAAUCAAAAGCCCCAUUAAAGAAAGGUAGUGCACCAAGCGACUUUGAGCUGAUGUCUGCCAUGAUGCAGCGGGUGAGCAUGCUGGAGAAAACAGUGAUGAGCCAGGCACGGGAGAUCGAGAGAAAGGAUGAAAGGAUUUCAGCGUUGGAGAAAAAUCAGAGGCUUAUAAAAGAAUCAGAGGGUACUCUUCAUCCUUGUGGCAGAGAUGAUCUUGAGAGAAGAUGCCAACAGCUGCAAAAUCAAGUGCAAGAAAUGGAUAGCUUUCUGAAUGACUAUGGUUUGAUCUGGGUGGGAGAUGGUGAGAGCAGUGACUCUGCAGAGAGUGAGCAGCCACAUAACUUAGAGCGAGGCCUCUGGCAGCCAGACACAUCUGUGGUCAGGAGCUUCCACAUGAACGUUGACCUGGUGCUGCAGAGGAUCAACGAGCUGAACAUCCUGGCAGGAGAGGGAGAGUGUUUCGUUCAAUCCACAUCCAAGGGGGCACACUUAGCAAAAAAGGACCCUGUUCAGCUGAGUCUCUACAGCAACGGCAUUGUCAUGUUUGACGGUCCUUUCCGCUCGUAUCAGGAGCGCAGCACCCAGCGGUGCAUGCAAGAUCUGAUGGACGGGUAUUUUCCAUCUGAGCUUCAAGAAAGAUUUCCAGACGGUGUGCCUUUUGAGGUUAAUGACCGGCGAGAUGAGGAUUUUAUCACCAGGCUACCGUGGAAGAAUUUUCCAGGCGAAGGACAGGCUGUCCGUGGGGAGAAAAAUGAAACAUCCAAUAUUGUCAGCUCUCAGUUACCUGGCAAGAAAUUGAGCGUGGAUCAGUUCCUGAGCAGGUUACCAAAGGCAGUAGUGAAGGCCAGCCGUGUGGUUGAUAUUAGGGACUCCCUGAGGGCCGCCCUGCAGGGUUCAUCUCCUGCUGGGAGCAGCAGCUCGAUGAUCCUCAUAGACACGCCGGCCCUGCAAGCGAUGAAGGAGAGACUGCAGACUUCCAGCUCCGAUCGGCCUCGUUCCCCCUGUGAUGUCAUCACAAUGAAAGUGAAGUCAGAAGACGGGAAUCAUACUUACGUACUGAAAAUGAGCUUCUCAGAAACAAUCGGUCAGCUGCGACAGUAUCUGGACAAACACAGAGGGGGUGGUCUCCCUGGUUAUGACAUCAUCAGUGCAUACCCACAGCACCGCUACGAUGAGGACCGCCAGACGCUCAGAUCAUGUGGCCUCACGACUAAUGCUUCUCUGAUGCUGCGAAAGAGGCAGAAACCGCCUCAUUCACUCACAGUAAGAAGGACAGUGAACCAGCACGCAGCCUGACCCCCGCCUAGGAUGUUACGUAACAUGAGGACAGGGUGUCUCCAAAAUGGGUGGUCCCGCGUGACUGAAUGCAUGUAACUAACACCGGAAACAGAUUAUUUUUCACUGGCAAAGGAAACAGUAUGAGUAAUAGAUCACGUCAUGGCCCUGCUCAUAAAAUACUUUUCACGGCUGAUACAAAUCCAGUAUAUCGGAUAAGUGCAUCAUUAGUUAGAAAGCUGGAACUCGUGGCUUUCUGCACAGAAGGGAUGAAAAUACUUUAAAUGUUUUACGCCAAAUCAAAUAAAA